UCUCUAUGUGGCGUCGCUUUUCAAUGAAUUGUUUACGUUAGAAUUUUUUAUUAUAGAAAUAUUUUUAUAAUACAAAGAGUCCAAAAUUAGUGAAUAUCAAGCAAUUCUUCGUCAAAAAUAAUAAGUUAUUGAGGAAUGAACAAUAGAGCUUCUUAACACAAUGCUCUUAAAUUCUCAUCAAUCAAAUGCAAAUCAUCUUUUACAUAGAAUUCACUAUUAAUAAGCAUAAUUAUUUAGGAACGAACAAUAAAAGGAUAAACAGCGACGGCGCGAGUUGAAUUGUUCAUUGCUGUUGAUCAUUAUGAAGUGAGGCAAUUAACGAGAUGACGAAUGGCGCCCGGCGUCAGCAUGGGCCGUGUUUUCCUUCCUGGUCUUUGCAGUGCCCGAGUUUUAUUCCGCACUAACGAGGCGAGAGAAUCGCGAGAACGUGACGCACAGAAUGGAAAAGGCCACGGCAAAUUUUUUCUCAGAAAAAGCGGUCGAAGACAGUAACCAAUCAGACUUAAACCUGACGAUGCAUAAUAAUCAAGUCCCCGUUACACAGCAGGAGACACAAUUCAUGUGUUCUUUAUACAUUUCACGUGCUGGCGGUCUUCAAGAUCAAGGUUACAGGGCUCAAGGUUGUGAGUUGUUACGAUCUCAUCUCGAAGAAGCUAUUGCCGCUUCCGAACCGCUGUCGGCUUGGCGCGUCUCUGAAACUCCGUGCGGUCUAAUAGCUGCCUUCGUUAGAGAAAACGACGCCGAGAAAUUGUUACAACGUGGCGACUUAGCUCGUGUGUUUGGAAGACCUGUGCAGGUAGCGCGAUUCUCAGCGAGAGAUUCUCGAUAUCAUCAAGCCGUGCUUCUGAGAGAUGUACCAUGGGCCAUACCGCUCCAGGAUAUAAAUUCAGCUUUGGCAAAGCAGGGAAUCGUAGCUGGAAACAUCGAACGUUCACGGCAAUUCGUUCGAGUAGAGGUUUUCGACGCGAACCAUUAUGAAGCUCUACUACGUCAAGGUCUCGACUUUUUCGAGGUAGCGCGUUUCAACGCGGUUCCCGAACGCUGGUGGCGCAGCGGCAGCAGUGGUACCGCGUGUUCCUCGAAUAUACCCUCACAAUACCUGUCGGGAGACGACAGGAGCAAUUCUCCAGAAGCCUCGAACGUGCUCGUGGAUAGUGUGCUACAAUGUUACCGAUGCCAAGGCUUUUGGCACGUGGCCGCUAAUUGCAGACAUCUACCGCGCUGUGUCCGCUGCGGCGAGCCGCACAGCGUCGAAUUCUGUCCCAGGCCGCGCAACAAUCCCAUAUGCUGUCAUUGCUCCGGACCUCAUCACGCCGGCUAUAAGCAGUGUCCAGUCAGAUUACAACUAUCUAACGCGACUCCCGUGAGCAUCACAUUGAGCACAACUCGCACAGGGUCUCAAUACCAAGCGAACGCCGUGAACAAGUCGAAUCCUUCAUGUCAUUCUUUGAGACAAAGUCGCUGUUAAAGGACAUUGCUGAUAGAGCAAAAUUAUUGGGACAUCAGUCACAGGAGCAUUGGCCUCAUUAGCAUCACAAUCGUUUUCACAUCUUCGAAAUGCCGAUGAAAGUGUGUAACAUUUCUCCGCAUUAUAUAACAUAUUAUUACGAGCUAUAAGUGAAAUUUCUGAAUAUGCAGUUGCGAAAACACAUGUUGAUAGAUCGCAUGAUUUGUCGCGUAUAAAAAUUGAGAGAUCUUUGCCGAUCGCAAAAAUUUCGCCAAAAUGUGUGCAUAACAUUUAUAUCUUACGUGACAAGUAAGUCAUCAGUUUUGAAAAUUACCCGCCUUCUCAAGCACUAUUGUGUUGACACCAUGUUUUUUUGAAUAUCUAUAGAUAAAAUAUAUAUUCUUAUAAAUACCAAGUGUCGUGCAAUGUUUUUCGAUGCGCUCUUUAACUCGUUAACAUAACAACAUAUUUUUCUGCAAUUAUGCAAUCUUAUCUUGACGCGACAUCACUUUUUCUUUUUUUUUAUGAUGUAUAAAUUUCCGUGCGUGUGAGAUUUCUGCAAAUUCCUCACUAUUCAUGGAAUCAUGCACCGCCGCUUCGUCCCACUUUCUUCGUCCUAGUCCCUGUAAAUGUAGGUCUCCCCCAGUAUCUGUCGCAGCUGCCACCAGGUAAUAUUCGUAAUCGCGAAGGAGAGGGAAUGGCUAGGCGCGGGAAUAUCAUACGGUCGCUUAUACUUUUAGCCAUUCGAUCGGCCGUUAGUGUAUUCCGUUCGCGUACGAUUGAUGGACUAUAAUUAUAUGUUAAACACAUAUUAUUUGUAGGUAUGUGUAUGUGGGUGCAUGUAUAUGAAAAAAGUCUGACCAAUUUGCUGCAAUCGAUAUCCAGUGCAAAUGCGAUUGGUUGCAACAAACGUGAGAAUUAAUUUUAUUUAUUAACAAAUAAUCGUUGUGUAGAAAAUAUAAAAAUCACACUGCGAAAUUUUUCGCAGCAUUUUUUCACAAAAUUUUGCAUAUAAUGUGCCAAAUAGAAUUCUAAAUGACGCGAGAAUUUUCUGGAAAAGAUUGCGCGGUCUGCCAAUAAUUAAACAAUGUUUUUCUCGUAUUUACACGAGGAACUUAUUAAAGAAAUUCCAGCAAAAAAACGUCGCUUUGAACUUUGAACUAGUGUAAAAAGAAUAGUGCAGCGUAGAAAGAGUAUGAAAAUUUUUGAAAAGUCUAUAGCCACGUAACAGUA